UCCCAAAUUUCAGUUUUAGUAUCCUUGGGAAGGAUGUGGACGAUGGUUUCUUCCCCAAAAACAGAGACACAAACACAAACGUUAUUUGGCAAUUCAAUUACAACAUCAAGGCAUCACGGGCAACUCCAACGCACCCGAAAAAGAAGCAAAAUAUCCUUAUCUCUGAAAACCCCUGCAGCUUCAUUAGCACCGAAAUGCCACAAAACAACUCCAUCCUCCUCUGUCCAAUCAAAAAAUGCCCAAGAAGAGGGAAUUCCCGGAGAAGACGUGAAAAUCCUGGUCAAGUUCAAGUCGCGCCACAACUACAUCCGCGUUCUAGAAGUUUCUAGAGAAGCCGAGCACCCCUUGCGCGGUUCCAGGUUGCUUCUUCUGGACGCCCCCGGAAACAUCCACAGCAUAUCAUUCCUCUUCAAAACGUUAACCAACACCUACUUCGAUGUCUUCGCCACCCUCCCACCCAUAGUGCCACCUGGACCCCUCGCCAUCCUCGGCUUCGGCGCCGGCUCCGCGGCUCGCAUUCUCCUCCACCUCUACCCCGAUGCCAUUCUCCACGCCUGGGAGCUCGACCCCUCCGUCAUCCAAGUCGCCAGAGAGUACUUCAACCUUGCCACACUCGAGAGGGAACACCAGAAGCGCCUUUUCAUCUACGUCGGCAACGCUUUGAACGCCACUUUGCCCAACGGCUUCUCCGGGAUUGUCGUCGACUUGUUCUCCAAAGGGAGCUUGAUUCCGGAGCUUCAGGAGCCUGCCACGUGGGAGAAGCUGAGGCAGCGUUUGAAGAGAGGAGGGAGGAUUAUGGUGAAUGUUGGAGGGAGCUGUGUGGAAGCCGAGAGUAGGCUCAGAGAUGGUAAGUUUCUUAUGCAAGAAACUCUCAAGGCCAUGAGAGCCGUUUUCGGAGAGAGGCUUUUUGUUCUCAAUGUUGGCAAUCGCAAGGACGAUAGCUCUCUUGCUCUUACUGGGGAUUUGCCCCAACAUGAUGCAUGGAAGAAGGCCCUUCCUGCUCCCUUGAAAUGCUAUGUCGAUAUGUGGAAGCCUUACUCUGCUUAGUCACCCCUUUUUGCUCAUCAAUUGUUUGUGUUUAUUCCUCCGUGAAAUAUUUUCUUUUGCUCCUUCACUUUUUCAAUACCCGCAAGCAAGGUAAUUGAUUAAUCCCAUUUUUGCAUGCUUAAACCAUUCACCAAUUAAACAUGCAGUUAUAGGCUUGUUAAGUGUUUUUAUCAGUUGAGUGGUAAGGUUAGGUUUGCUAAAGUAGAAUCAGUUUGAGCCAUGGACGAUCUAUUCAUUAUGUGCAGAUUCAAGUAAAAAUCCAAGUAUUAAAUAAAAUGUCGAGCAGGACGAUCUGGUUGUGCAAUUAGCUGUGUUGGCAUCAUUGGAGGAGAGAUGCGUAGAAAUGAUAUAAAAUGUAUGCGGAUAACAUUACUCAAACGUAGAAUACACAGUCAUUUUGCUUUCUGUUUUUAGGAUUAUUCAGUCACUGGUCAUUGAUGUUUAAUACAAUCAGGAUUUUUUUACAGACAUCAAAUAUCAAAUUGGUUA